AAUGAAAACGUGUGGGUACUAACAGACACAAGGUAUUACUCAGGUCCACAAAGUGAGUAAAAACAGGAGUGAGGACCGAUUUCAUACUCUGUCGUCACCCAGUCAUGGACUACAUGGACAUUAAAGUGGACACUUUUGAUUUAGUGGAAGAUGCGGACGCUGGCACCACUACAGAGGGAGCCACCUUAAUCCUGCUUUGUAACACCACCAUUACCAACUGUAACGCGACCGACGCCAUGUUUAGAAACAUCACGACCAGUCAGCUGGAACGAAUUGUCAGCGUUGUAGUUCCUAUUCUUUUUGGAAUCAUCGUCAUCGUUGGGUUGAUCGGCAACUCUUUGGUGGUUGUGGUGGUCAUCUUCAACCCUCCAAUGCGCUCAACCACCAACUUGCUCAUCAUCAAUCUAGCCGUGGCUGACCUCCUCUUUAUCGUCUUCUGCGUGCCCUUUACUGCUUGGGACUACGCGCUUCCUUACUGGCCCUUUGGCGACAUCUGGUGUCGUAUGGUGCAGUACUUGGUGAUCGUGUGUGCUUAUGCCAGUAUCUAUACUCUCGUUCUCAUGUCUCUGGACCGCUUUAUGGCUGUUGUACAUCCAAUCACUUCUAUGUCCAUCCGCACCGAAAAGAAUGCUUACGUUGCCAUCACAGUCACGUGGUCUCUGAUCCUCUUAGCCUGCUUGCCGGCUCUUCCAGCUCACGGGGAAGUGUCCUAUGAUGUGGGGUCCAAUCGCUACUCCAUGUGUGUAUUUCUCCAAGAAGGCUACAACUACCCGGCUUAUCAGAUCUCCUUCUUCCUUUCUUCCUACGUGGUGCCGCUCGUGCUCAUCUUCUGCCUGUACGUGCUGAUGUUGAAAAGAUUGUGGUUCCACGUGGCUCCGGGGGGAAAGGUCAGCGCCGGGAGCCAUAAGUCCAAGAAGCGGGUCACCCGGAUGGUAGUGAUAGUGGUCGUCAUCUUUGCUGUCUGUUGGUUCCCCAUUCAGAUCGUCUUGCUCCUGAAGAGCUUGGACAAGUACGAAAUGAAGUUAAGACCUGGCCGGGUUGUCUUCCAGGUGACGUCACACAUCCUAGCUUACACAAACUCCUGCGUCAACCCCAUCUUGUACGCCUUCUUGUCGGAUAACUUCCGCAAAGCUUUCCGGAAAGUCGUCACGUGCAUCCCAACCGGAGAACAGUCCAAGAAUGGUAGGCAACCUUACGAGCCUGUUGAGCGAGAAACAGUCGGAACCAAGAACACUUCUGCUAUGAAACUGAAUAAUGAUACAAUCUGAUCAACUUCCUUCAUCUCCGCCAGAAUAUUCUGGUGAUCACGUCUCCAUUUCGAAGUGUCUGUGUAACGUUUUUUUUGUUUUUUAUAGUGUUCUUACUUCGUUACUGUUCAGUGUCAAAAGUAUAUUCUGUGUCGCUACUUGUUCUAGUCAGAGUAUUUCCAGACCUAGUUGUUACAACCGCGGAAGUGACGUCACUAAUGGUAUUAUGCUCAAAAGCGGAAAUGACGUCACCAUUUGCACCGUUACUGCGAGUUAUGUUGUUACAGCUGCUAUUCGAGUGAGAUUUAAUCUCAUUGAGUGGUAGUAAAUAGAUUUUCUAAAUAAAAAAAAUCUCACAAUUUUAGUCACCAGCGUUGAGUAAGGGGAUUUAGUUAUAUGCUGCAUGCAAGGUUUUAAAUAUUCCGCCUUUUGUGGGGGUCUAGCCUGAUCACUUCAGAGACUAUUACUGAUGUGUUGAAGGCAGCGAAAAAACAGACACACAGAAAAAUCUAUUGCUUCUAAUAAGUGUUUGGUAUAAGAUUGGCCUGAUUUUCUUCCAAUUAAAAUCAACAACAAUCUCUCUAAUAUUGAUGGAUAGAUUGCGGUGCUGACAAGUCAGAAAAGUUGAUAUAUAUUUCUCUUUGAAGGUUUUUGUUGUUUUAAAGGAAAAUAUAAUAGUUUCCAAGGUUUAUGAACGAGAAGAAUUUAAGACUUGGUAAUUUGUACCUAAUAAGCAUCUCCUUGUAUUAUACAAUGGAUAUUGUUGUCGUCUACCUGCUAAAAUGCGGGGUUUGAUUCCUGACGGUGGACAGAGCUCAGAUAGAACAUUUUGUGGCUUUGCGCUAAUACAAACAAAAUAAUUUUAUUAUAUGUUUUGUUAUUUGUGAGAAAAAUCCGUAAGUUCUUGUGGUAAAGGUUUCAAAGUCAAAUAUGUGUCGUUCUUUUGAAGUGCAUGUAUCAGUGUGGUGCACCAGUAAAUUCCGAUGUUUGACGAGUUGGCUACCUCGUAAAAAUGGGGCUCUACGGGAGAUGCCAAUUUGAAUGACGUCACUAACACAUCAUCAACUAACACCUGAUGAGAAUGAGAUUAAGCAGAAGAAUGAAAGUUGGGGAAAUAUCAAGCUCAAAACGUAUUUUGUCCCAAGCCCACCACAGUAGAGACGAACGUUUUUUUCCACAACUGAUAUUUAAAUACAUGUACUUGUUCUUUUAUCAUAACUAGUAUAGUUUUAGUGUUUGUGUGUGUGUGUAAUAAAAUUUUAUUUCCACAA